AAAGAAAGCUAAAUAUAUAAGCUAAUGUUAAAAAUUUAUUGAAAUAAGUUUUAAUUUUUAAAUUGGAAAUUCUAAAAUAGUAACUAGUUAUUUUAUCUUAGCAAAGGUGCAGCUUUAGUUUUCAAAGUUAUUUAAAAAAAAUCGCAUGUAGAGCGUUAUUGUCUGGUAAAUAUUUAAAAUAAAUUUAGAAUUCUAACAAGGUAUUUGAAUUAACUGAAAUUACAUAAUUCCAAUAUGUCCUUCAUUCAUUUGCGCGCUCUCUCGCGGUCCGGACCCGAAUCAGAUGCGAAAGCACAUGAUCGCAAAACGGCUUGAGAAACGCAACAUCAACAGCCAAAGAGGAAGUAACUUGCAAGAGAGAACCAGUUAAAGGGGGAAUUGUUACCCAGGAAAAUGAGUGAGCUCUUAACAACCUUGUCGAAGAAGAUAGCGGUGGAUACCAUCAUCAGAGACACCUUUGAUAAGGUUGUGGUCCUCCGUUUUGGUCGUGCCUCUGACCUUACCUGUCUCCAGCAAGAUCACAUUCUUUCUAAGGCCGCUAGGGACGUGUCUAAGUUUGCAACUGUGGCGUUGGUUGAUGUUGACUCGGAGGACAUUCAGGUCUAUGUCAAGUAUUUUGACAUCACUUUGAUACCAUCUACGGUGUUCUUUUUCAAUGCCCAUCACAUGAAAAUGGAUUAUGGGACUGCUGAUCAUACUAAAUGGAUUGGUGCUUUUCUCUCAAAACAAGAUUUCAUUGAUGUUGUAGAGGCAAUAUUCAGAGGAGCAAUGAAGGGAAAGCUAAUUGUUAAUUCUCCUCUCCCGCCUGAGCGUAUACCAAAAUUUCAGAUACUAUACAAGGAUGUCUGAACAUUGAAAUCAAUCCUUCAAUAUUUUCUUUCCAUAGAGGUAUUUGAAAAUUUCAGAUACUUGUAUUAUUGCUUUUUACUGUCUUUUCCUUUUCACUUGUUGACUUGUAAAAUUGAUCUUUGGCGUAGAAUGUACUGAUUUGUGUAGAUGAGCUUUUGCGUGUUGAAAUUCCACUCUUUGGUUCAUAAAUGAAAGUAAGUUCAUCUUAUGUUUA